GCAAAGCGCACGGACCUCGGACCCGCUACGACCGCUGCGUGACCUUUACGCACGGAGCGUAUGAUCGCCGCUCGACGCAAUAGAAGGUUCCAGACAUCGCGCUAUGCAAUUUGGAGUGCAGACGGAAGGAUCUCAAUAAGGACGGCAUAUUAUCCAGCUUGAAGCCCGCCGGUCAGCGAAGUCUACGCGCCGCAGCCACAGCUUAGCCAGGAAGUGCCCAGUCCCUGCCUGGGAGGCCUCUCGCGUUAUCAGCAACCUGGAAAUUAGCUCGGCCAACUAUAAAGUGGCAUGGGAGCUUCUUUGCGAGAGGUAUAAUAACAUCAAGCAUCUCAAAAGCCAUCAUUUGCAUGCGUUAUGUAACAUGCAACAGCAACGCGAUUCAGCAAAGAGCUUAAGAACCUACAGAACCAGGGACAGAUUUCUACGCCUAGAGUUCCUGCGUCGACUGUUUUGGAAGCGGUGGAUGCUGGAGUACAUAACACAAUUGCAAGCCCGACAAAAAUGGCGAACUCCUGGCACAUCGCUGCAAUUGGGGGACUUGGUACUCCUAAAAGAAGAAAACGCUCCUCCCAUGCACUGGAAGGUGGGACGAAUCACUGCUCUGUUCCCGGGAGAGGACGGAGUUGCUCGGGCGGCGGACGUCCGGACUACUACGGGCACGUACCGGCGUGGCACUCGGUAUUUAUGUCCAUUACUGGAUCCAGCAGCGUAUUCAUUGGAAGCGACAGCUUCCAACGCCCCGGAGGAUGUUCCGGCACAUUGCUAGCCGUCCCUCAGUGGAGAGGCGCGGGGAGGGAGGUUUCGGCUCGCGGCUGGGAGCGCGGCCGCCGGUCACUUCUCCAAGGACAAGAUAAGCGCACGCGCAUAAAUUGGCAACACAAAACCAAUUUUGGCCACGGGAAUUUGUAAUAAUCAUUAUAGUCAUUAUAGUAACUUCAUUAAGAGAA